AUGAGCGUCUCCCGAUCUCGAGAGCAAGAGGUGGCAGGUGGUAGACAGUCACAUGGACACAGCUUGUGUGGAGCAGAACCCAGCCUGAUCCAAACACCACCGAGCGUGAUAGCGGCUGCCUGUAUUGCUUCAGCAGUUCGUGGUCUGAAGCUCACAACGGCAGACGCUGCUGUAAGGGAGACAUGCUCUAUGCUCAAUAUUGCUCUCAGAUCAGUGGAGUACCUUGUAUCAGUAAUCGAUAGUGCUGUUGCAAGUAUGGCUUCACCACAGGUACAGCAACAAAUGAAAGAACACGAAAAGAAUGCGUCUUCACAGCAAGGCUACGAGAGCCCACAAUAUGGCCAACCUGAAACACCUACAGAGGUUGAAAGCAUUUAUUUUUGAUGCUAGUUUGACACAAAAAUAGAGGAUACAAAAAAUGAUGCGGGUUAGAAGAAUACUCACUUUGAAGCUACCUAGAAAAAGGUCUCUAUACACCAGUCAGAUUAUUUUGUUCUGUCUCUCUAAAAAUAUACUCAUCUCCACUUUUUUAUGAGUAUCUGUUCAAGAGUCAAUAAUAAUGUCCAAAAGACGCCUUAUACUCAAAUUUCAUUUGUUAAUGGAACGAAACCCCAUAUUUCGAUCAAGCAUCAUUUUUUGUAUCCAGCGAUCAGUAUCCAAUUUAUGACAAAAUUAGAAAAUGACUCAGUUUUGAAUACUGAUAUAAAAAUAAGGCUUAUCAGCCAUAUGAAAUUUUUUCUCGUGGACUUCAUUGAUAUCUGUUGAUAAAAAUAUAGCAUGGUACACAUAUAACAAUGGUUUGAUAUUUUUUUUUAUUUUCACAGUAAUUGAAUUAAGAUUUUAUUUCGACUUGAAUCCAAACGAUGGUUAUAUGUGGAUCGCCUAACGAAUUUUCCACUAAGGACGAUUUGAUGUUGAAAUGGUAUAAACACGCUAUCAAAAAUUUUUUUUAUUUAUGACAUGAAAAAAUCGUUAACACUACACAUAACUUGUUUCAUUCUAUUCCAACAUUGACUCGUGCUUACUGAAAAAUUCAUCAUUAUCGUUGAUAUAUUUUGCAGAAUGGC